UCUAAGUUGCUACAUUUUUAAUAUUUUUGUUAUUUUAGUUAUUUGUCAAAUAAAUCCAGUUUUUAGACCAAAUUUGCCUGCUGGAGAAUAUCGGAUGAAGUUCAAAACAUACUCGCCUUGCCAAUCAACAGAAAAUCACUUAUUAAAAUUCAACGUAUAUCUAAGUAGAAAAUCAGCUAAUAUAACAGAAAUUAGAGGAAAUGAUACUUUUUUAAUUCCACUAGACAAUUCUGUGUGUAUUCAAGUUAAUUUUGCUGUGAAAGGUGUAAAUGGUGGAUGGAUAAGUAAUGCUCAUGUAUUGAAAUUUGAAAAAGGGUGUAGUAUGCUAAAAUCAUUAUUAGGGAAAGCCUGGAAAAGUUUUAUAACUACAUAUAAUAUGAACUAUGAAUGUCCAAUCAAACCGGGUGUUUACGUGUCCUCCGGAUUAGACAUUUCUCUAUUAUACAACAAUAAUUUCCCAAAACAAUUUUUUUAUGGCGAAUAUAAAAUUACGGUAACUUUUACAAAAAGUAAUUCAAGUAAAGUGUUAGGCUGCUUUACUUCUACAAUUGAUUUUGUUCGUCCAUGGGAAGAUUAGACAGUAUUUGGUCCUAUGUCAUGAAGUCGUUUAUAAUUUGGUGAUUUUUCACUAUAAUGUAGAACUAAUUUCUAAAGAUUUUUAAUGAAUUUUUAAUUUUCUAAAUACCUUUUCAUUAUGAAAUUAGUAAUUCUUAA